CCGACAGUCCGCGUUCGUAGCGCAAUGAGAGUUUACGUGAGUAUAUAACCGCGAAUAGCGGUCGUUCGAUCGCACAGUAGAGCACUCUCAUGCUUCAUCGCAUGUGGUAUCGUCGCGCCCGGAAAAACUGCAACACAGCCGCGUGCUACUCCGUACCCUUGCCGGAACAACCGCAGCAGAUCAACAAUUAAUUUAACGCAACCUCCGACGACCCGACAAAAACAAGUCAAUCGUUAUCGUUUACCAAAGAGAAGGGUUUCUCUCGCACGAGAGAGAGAGAGAGGGAACCUCUCCGGAAGUAUGAUAGACUUUAGACGCUUGGUAGGCUGAAGAAUAAAUCAACAGCUUUUUACUCGUCCUUUGAACGUCCGCGUGAACAGAUUAAAUUUUGAUAAUGGAUUACGUCGGUACGGCCUGUUGUGCUUUGGCCUUCCUGCUCUAUUACAACACGCUGGAUUCUGGAUUUGUGUACGACGACCGGAGGGCCAUCCUGACCAACCCGGAUCUGCUUCCGAAAACACCUUGGUUGCGCAUCUUGGAGAAUGAUUUCUGGGGUACACCACUCAGCGAUAGCGGCUCACACGGCUCGUAUCGCCCUUUGUGCGUUUUAACGUUUCGUCUAAAUUACCUCUUGGGCGGUUUUCAACCUUGGGGUUACCACUUUGUCAAUGUAUGUCUUCACUGUUCCGCUACGUAUCUUCUCGUAAAAGUGGCGAAAAUAGUGCUUCCCAGAGGUCAAAGCCAUUUCGGAUCGGCCGUCACAGGUGUGCUAUUCGCUUCGCACCCGAUACACACAGAAACGGUUGCUGGAGUUGUGGGCAGAGCUGACUUAGCUGCAUGUAAUUUAUUUUUCAUGUCAUUGUUGGCCUACAUAGCGCACGUCAGGUUUAGAGAUGUGACAUGUUGCGCGAGGAGAUGCUCACACAGUCUCUACGUAAAUAAAUACGAAUCCAAAAGAUACGAAAAGAUAGCGAUGGCAUUGCAAAAGUCUGUGACGAGUUGCAACUGGUCUAAACGCAACGCCAAGAUAGAUAGAAAGGAAAGGGAGAUGGUUAAAGGCGUCAACAUCAACAGAUCCGACGAAAUGAAGUUUUGUUGUGUAAAGAACGUGCUGAAGAUUUGGAUUUGUUUGACCUUAAGUAUACUCUUGGGGUUGGCGGCCAUGUUGAGCAAGGAGACUGGAAUUACGGUUCUGGGAGUGUGUUUUGUGUACGACUACGUGUUCGCCAAGCCUCAUAAAAAGAAACAGGCCAGGAGUUUAGUCGUCCUCUCUAUAGCGUUGUCGCUAAUUCUGAUGACGCGGCUCCAGACCAGAACCCCCCACUUCUCGACGGCCGAUAAUCCUACAGCGCGGGAGCACAGUUUGCUAACCCGAACCCUAACUUUUACGUAUUUGCCGGUAUUUAAUUUCUGGCUGCUUAUAUUCCCCAACACGUUAAGUUUCGAUUGGGGCAUGGACGCCGUCACGAGGGUGACCCAACUGAGCGACCCGAGAAAUUUCGCGAGCUUUUGUUUCUAUUUCGCUUUAUUGAACGUAGUGUUAAUGUGUGCUAAAACUGUAAAUAUUAAACGUCGCGAAGACUUAUUGCCCAAGGAGUCAUUUCGCGAAAGGAUCGAAAAUGAGAGAAGCUCUUGCGACGUGUGCCACACCAGGAACCCCGACGUGCACUCCCAGAACUGUCGUACUACCAACAACAACAACAGCACGCAAAAUCAUUCCAACCUGUGCGUCUGCGUGUUCACGGAAAUGUCGUCCAGAAACAACAGAAGACGUAGGUUCCACCGGUCGCAUACGUCCAUCGUUUUGUUCGCGGUCGCCAUUUUGAUCCUUCCGUUUUUACCCGCGACGAAUGCGUUGUUUUACGUCGGAUUCGUCGUCGCGGAGAGAGUGCUGUAUAUACCUAGUGCGGGACUUUGUUUGUUAGUGGGACUGAUUAGCGGGACGGUGUGGAGGAGACGCCAGUACCGAGCACUGCUUUGCGUGUUUUUGUUUACGGUUUUGGUGGGUUUCAGUGCGAAAACUGUGGUGAGAAACAAAGACUGGUACAACGAAGAGUCACUAUAUAGGAGCGCAAUCCCGAUCAACCCUCCCAAAGCAUAUGGAAACCUCGGGAGUGUCCUGAGCAGUCAACGUCGCACCGAAGAAGCGGAAUGGGCAUUCCGCAAGGCACUAGAAUUUCGACCCAAUAUGGCCGACGUCCAUUACAACUUGGGCAUUCUACUUCAAGGAAAACAGCACUUGGAUGAAGCUAUUCUCAGCUAUCAAAGGGCUAUUCAUUUUCGUCCGUCAUUGGCACUGGCGUACGUGAACUUGGGGGCAGCUUUAAUAGCAGCCGGCAGAUGUCAGGAGGCUGUCGCCAUUCUCCGUCAAGGGUCUCGGCUAGACGGCACUGGCCUCAAGGAUCGCAGGGAACAUGAGAACGCCAAAGUGUCAGCACUUCUGCAAUUGGGCGCGUUGUAUUCGGACCAGGGGCGGUUGCAGAGGGCGCUGGCCGCGUACAGGGAAGCGGCUCACAACUUGCCAGAUAAUUAUCCACCCCAGACAGUCUUCAAUAUACUGGGGGAGACGUUGGCAAGAAUGCAACAGGACGAGGAAGCUGAAAGGUGGUACCGGGCGGCCCUGGACGCUCAACCGGAUCACGUGCCCGCUCAUAUUACUUACGGAAAAUUGCUUGCCAAAAACGUAAGCAGAGCAUCGGAGGCCGAACAAUGGUUCAGGAAGGCGCAAAGAUUAGCGCCGAAGGACGCCAGCGUCUAUCAUCAUUACGGCGAAUUCUUGGCAUCGAACCGCCGAUACAAGGAGGCGGCGGGAAUGUACGAAAAGGCCGCCGAAUUGCAGCCAGACGACUACGAACUAUCCGUAGCGGCCGCCACUGCCAUGCGACAGGCGGGUCGCCAAGAGGCUGCGGAAAGGUGGUACCGAAAUGCCGUGUCCUUGAAACCAGCAGACGCGAGAAGCCACACCAAUCUGGGAGCCAUCCUGCAUCUCAACGGAAAAUACCGAGAAGCAGCCGAGAGUUAUCGGGAAGCGCUCCGAUUGCAGCCCAACGACGUCACAACUUUAACCAAUCUUCAUAAACUUUACGGACUAAUGACUUGACGCUAAACUUGCGCCGUUUCCAUUAAAAAAGUUUCCCUUGGAAUUAAUUUCAAGCCGAGAAUUACACCACCGAGGUUGCGUUUAAAAGUAUAGAGGAAGGAAUUCUGCGAGAAGCUUUUUAGAUUUUGCCGAUCGGAUACGAAGGUUUCCGACACGUUCGAGUACAGGUCCGUUUCUACAGGGUGAUUUUGUUUGGGUGGCCGAUUUUGUUCACUUCCCGCGGCAUAAAUUCUUUAUUAUAUUUGAUUCGAAAAUAUGUUACUAUACUUGGAAUAAGCUUACACAAACUUAUUAGUUACCCAAAAUUGAAGAUAAUAUAUUAUGAUUAAAUUGUAUGUGAAUAGAUAGUAACGUGAAUUCUUUUUCAAAAGCAACCAAACACUUUUUUAACGCAUGUGAGGAAGAAUUAGGUGAACUCAUAUUACCAAUUAUUUCUUUUUUUACCAACUAGAUGCUUCAAUAUUUGUCUGAUUUCAGAAAUAAACCGAUAUAUUGCACUUUUCUCAUAAAAUCAAAUAUAUAAAAGGUGCUACCAAAAAUUUGCACUGACAAUAAAUUAAUGAAGUAGUUGAUGAAUUUCUUCAUAUCUCAUAUCAUAUAUUAAAUUUUUACGACAGUAAUAUGGGAACACACAAAUGAUUAAACGUUCAUCUAAUUAAUCAAAGCGAUCUUGAAAAAAAUUAUAACGGGCAUUACUUCAAAUGCAGUUGGGGAAGACGAAAUGUCAAUUCGGGAUAUAAAAAUCUGCUUGCCUUUUUGUUCUAGUGCAUUUUAGACGAAAAAUGCCCAUCUAUCUGGAAAAAAGCAAUAAUUAAACGUGUUGUAAAGGUGGCAGACCCUAAAGAACUGACAGAUUUGCGGCCUGUAAGUAUACUCCCAGCAGUUCCUAAAAUAUUGGAAAAACAUAUAUGUAAGCAAAUUACUGAGUUUUUAUAAAACCAUAAUCUUAUACCGAAUUGCCAAUCAGGAUUUAGAGAACAUUUUUGCACCACAACAGCAGGAAAUGAUGUCAGGUAUCACUAUACACUAUUUCUCACUAGAAACAGGGAAAUGGCACUUGCAUAGCUACGCUUUAGUUGAGUAAAGCGUUUGACACUUUGAGUUUUAAAAGAAAGACAUUCUAAAUCUUAAAUUAUUAUCAUCAAUAAAAACAAGGAAACUCUAGAUAUUUUCUCUGGAACAUAUUAGUUCUUUCAUUGUUUGAUUAUGCAGAUAUGGCAUGUGGAACUUUUCUUGGCAAACUAAAAGGUCAAUACAAAAAUUACAAAACUCUUGUAUGCGUUUUCACACGACAAAAUCUAAUUUUAGAUUAAUUAAUUUAAAUAUUCAGUAGCUAUAUUUUAUUUAUCUUUAGUGUUAUGUGCAACUUCAACGUCGAUUUGAGUUUGUAUCUCCUUUUUCCCCGAUUGUUCCCCUCUCUUUAGGGCCAACUUCCGUUCAGUCAUGUUUCAAGCAGUUGCAAAUUGAGCUUUAACGACAAUAUACUCACCACAACAUCCUUUUUUUUUCUAAUUUAUUUUCUUCUUCAAUUAAUAGCAAUGCGAUAUAUUGGCGCGCGUCUAGGUUCGAUGAUGCUGUAGGCUCUAGGGCUUUCUCGCUAAAAUUUUUCUUUUAGAAAGGUGUUGGUGAACGGUUAUUAUAAUCGACAGUAGGUCCUUUUUGUCAAAGUGCGCAAUUUGUGGUGUAAUUCAUCAAAUUACAUUGUCUUUACAUUGAGAACGAGUUUACUAAUAUUUUAGGUCUCAAAAUGUCAUUUAAUAGUUCAAUCUUUUUUACAUCUUAUGUUUGACUUUUUCUGUUGUUUUGGAACAAUAGCAAUAAUCGUGUUUUGCUCUUAUCAUUGAUGCUAAUGAUUUUAUGCUAAAAUCUUAACGUACCCUAAUUCGUUAACAACAGGUUAAAUGACCCUGAAAAAAUUCGGCAGUUUGUGAAGAAAGUUUUGAUAAUGUACUGAACGGUGUAAAAUCACGAAUGGAGGAAAUGUACUUAUGGUAACGCUAACCUCUAGCCAGUCAUAAAGGAUACGAAGAACGAAUUGCUACUAGUUAACAAACCUUUUUUUUUUAUGACAUUAAUUAUGAUUGUUUUAUAAUAUUUAGUAAAAAAAUGCUUGGAUUCACUCCAUUAUCUUAUUUUUUUUUUAUUUAUUUCAACAGUUGGCAUUACUUAAUUGGCCCAGCGAUUUGAUGAAAAUUAGAACAAUUUUUGUCAGAAAUUGUCAGUGUAAAACUAGUAAAAGGAAUAUUUGUCGCUAACAUCAUUCAUCAAUAAUAAAACAGAGGUACACAUAGGUACGUUUCAGCAGAGCCUAGAACUUUUGAAUUUUUGAAUCAGCAAAUUAAUGUUCAAUGUUCAUUUCUUUUAAAUUCUUUUCAUAAAGAUCGUGAUUUGCAAAUUAUAAAAAUGUUGAAACAUCAGAAAGACGCACAUUUAGGAAAGGUUAGCUUAUUGAGCUGUCCUAUUUUUAAGCAAAAACACUGUUCUAGUUGUCAAUUCGAGUAAUCUCACUUUCGAAUCCUAAAUUAGUUCAGUAAUUGCUAGGCUUUUCGUGUUUUAACAAACCUUAUAUCAUUACAAUCAACUGCAAUUCUUUCUAUAAUAUACAUUAAACUAUUAUAAUUUGAACCAGAAAUUUUUUCAGUCCCCAUAAAAACAGAAACGGUCUCAAAUAUUUUAUGGUUGCGUUAUAUAUUUAUUUAUAUUCAAAUGUUUCGCUGCGCUUGUUGCUUUGCUAAUAUACAGAGUAGAUCAAAUUCAAUACUUGUAAAGGAAAACUUCCCUCUCCCAAUAGAAUAAGCGAAAAAUGAUUCCUGGAGCGCAAUUUCUAUGAAGAAUAUAAUGGCGAAAACCACAAAUUGUGCAUUUAAUUUUUUUUAAAACUUUUUUGUGUUUUUAUUGUUUGUGUUUUCUAAAGCACUUUUUGGCGCAGAAUUAAAUGCAUUAUUUUUAAAACUAACAGUUUAUUAGUGAUAAACCGAAAAAUAUUAUAGCAUCUUGCUAGAAUCUCUUAGAGAAAAUAGUUCAUAACUUUGAACGACUAGGCUCUGGAUGUUACGACUGCAAUACCGAAAACACAUGCGUUCUCGUUUUAUUUCGACUAACCAAGUCGCACUUUUCUCGUACUAUGUGGCAUGUGUUUUUUAAGUUUUUGAUAUCAUUGUUGCUGUUCUUUCGGGUUGACUUGUAGAAAAAAUUCUUUAAACCUCUACUCCUUUAACUCAUAUGGAGUUGAUGUAUAUUAUUUUGGCCGCGUGUUCCCGCAAUAUACCGCAAAUUGUUUUUAAGAGAUUUCUUUCAGCAGAAUUGUGGUAGUACAAGGUUGCUGUCUCUGCAUACUUUCCGGGUAUUAUAAAACAAACCAUAAAAUCCCAUUCAAUUGAACGACCAAAACUAACCAAAACUCGGCGUCCUAAAAACCAAAUUCACAAUUUAACUGCCCUUACGCAUCUAAUCCUGUCUUAUGGUCGUGUCGUCCAAAGCGUGUUCAAAGUAUUUUGAAUAGAACUCGAGAAAUAUGGUCAUUUCGUAAAGGUACUUUUAAGUUUUUUUCUUAAAAUUAAAACAUAUACGGCAUCCCAUGUUUUCGGUUGACUAACUAAUAAAACUGUUAAUUUUAAAAAUAUUUUAUUAAAUACACUAAAUUUUGAGCAAAAAACGGUCCCGCAUAUGUUUUCAUAAAAACGCUAAAUUCCCUAUAGCAAAAAGGUUCUAGCAAUUUUAUAAUGCACUCUGAAACGCCAACAGAUGUACUUGUGCGGUUUUUACAAUUAUGUCAUAUGAAAUUGAGCUCUCGUGGAAAGGGGGAGUUUCCCUUUAAAUUUGGCACACCCUGUGCAUUCCGAACCUCAAAUAAUACCCUGUACGAAUUUCGGCCGGAUUUUCGGACGGUGAAAUUGGUUUCAAAUUCGAAUGACAGACUUUGCCGAGCCUAUAACAAGGGACCACCGAAAGUGUAGGAAUGAUCGGCAAAAAAUGACAGAAUUAUUAUGACAAUAUUAAAGACGAUCCCAAGUGAUAUUUAUCUCAUAAAAUAUUACAUUCUUAAGUAUUAAAUGACACUACCCAAAAUCAAUUAAAUUUUCUCGUUAUAACGGCUGGGCAUGAAAAAAUGCUAUUGAACUGAAAGGCCUAAUAUUUUCUUGCGCGUUAAACCCUACAAAGUCAUAAUCGUUAAGCUUUUGAUGACGCAUUAGAUAUCGAAUUAAUUUAAGUAGUUUCAAGCCUAAAUAAAACUACGGUUAAAUAUACGAGUUUAACGCUGGAGCAAUAUAAAUUUUAGCUUGGAUCGGCUGUAAACACUUUUAUAAACACCGGCGGACAGGAUAUUCACUGAAUGUAUUUAUACUAAAAGCCUGCGAGUAAAAUGGAUUGAUUUUGGGCCCGUGAAAUAAUAGAUUAUUAUUAUCAAAUACGAACGUGAUAUUGUACAUAGUAUUUGUUUAAUUGAAAUGGAUUGAUAUAAAAAAUGUUACAUAUCCUUUGAUCUGUGUAAUAUAUUUUUUAAUAUUUCGUCUGUGUAAACGUGCUGGGUAGUUUUAAAUGAAUUUUAAUAUAAUUAAAUGCUUCUUCGUGUGAUUGAGAACAAUUUAAUUAGAAACAUGAACCUACAAUUCAUCGGCAUCUUCCCCCAUUCAAUAAACAUUUCUACAUUCUUGCAUAUCCGUUGAUAUUCAAUUCAAGGAAUUGUACUUGCUAGAUACAUUUGUUUGAAGAAACCAUCAAUUUUAUUAUUUUAGUGGAAGCAUUACCUAAAAUACAGACAACCCACUCGGUGGAGGUGUUCCUUAUACCUCAAGAAAUAUUUUUCCAAAUCAUACGGCAUUCAUUUCUUAGGAAUUAAAAUGGAGUGUCAUUUUUUAUAAGUGGGGUAGUUUAAUUCAACCACAUUAUUUUAUGGACGAACACUGUAAACCAGGAAUCGUUUUCAACUAAUUUGUUAACCCUGAAUCGAUUAGAAUUCGUUUUAAGUCAAUUGGAGUCAGACGCAACUGAUAAAAGCACAAAGUUGAGCAUGUUGGGCUACUAACCAACUAAAGAAGUAAAUAAUAAGUAAUAGAAGUACUUAUUAUAUUAUACAACUGAACAUGAAGACCACUUGCGAUGGUGCCACUGAAUUAGUUUGAGUUUUUCAUAAACAAUUAAACAAAAUGUCAUAAGCGAAAUCAGUUAGAAUUUAGCCAUUAUAGCCACUGGAAGGAUUUUAAUAGCAGAGCUUAUAGCUCCAAGUAGAGAAAAGGAAAGUAGGUAGAUUUUGUUCUCCGGCAUCGCAAAAUUACGAGUAAUUCUCCCGAUAAACAACCCCAAAAAAAAUAUGAACGUCAGAUUUGGAUCGCGAAGUAUAUCCCGGGUUUGCUCCUUCGGUUUCGUGGUGGCAUUCUUCAUUUGCAUCUAAGAAUCCAAAAUACUCGAAAGUAACACUCAUUACAAUUGACUUAAAACCAAUUAUCUCUUCAGAACCCAGAAAUUACUAGAAAAUGAUUCCCAUUUUACAAAUAUCGUACAUCAAGUAAUGUAGCUUAAUCGACCUACCAAACCCUAAGCGGCAUGUCCCAUAAUGCUACAUUUCUUGCUGAUUUGUAAUGUACUGCGGCGCACCUAUUAAUAGACACUUUAGGUCCACUUAUAUUAUGAGAAUGCUAGUGAUGGCUCCCAAUAAUUUUCCCGUUGGCAGUCAAAACUUUUAACAAAAUGCUGAUUAGAAACAGUAACGACAUUUCUCUUCAUUUCCUAAUCAGCUGCUCGCCAUUAGAGGGUAGACAAUUAAAAGUACUAGGAACUCAAUUAUUCAUUCAAUACGAAGAAUUAUCCAAGUUCUCCAGAAAAGAGGUAUUAUAGUUUCUUGAGAGUACAGCGAAGAAGAGACGCUUUGCGAGCAUAAUGGAUGGCAAUUGGUAUGAGUAAAAUAAUGAGUGAAGGUAAUUUUCCAGUGCUCUGCUCCAUUUUCAGAAUUAUCUCUAACUUUUUAUAUGUUUUUUAAAUAUUGUCUUUGUACCAAAAGGGUAAAAUUAAAAUAUGAAGACAUAUGUAGGGAGUUCCAUAAGAAAAUGCAUACAUACAUACAAUAAUGUUAUGUAAUUCGCCUAACAUAUUUUUUUCUAUCGACAAAUAUUUUCAGGAUAUACACCGGCAACGCACUAUUGGGACACUCGAAAAAAUACCUACCCCGAAAAAAUAUGUUCAGUUGCACUAGACAGUGUCUAUGAUAGCCGCAAAUAUAUUUUUCUUAAUUGAAUACCUACCUCGAAAGCACCAUUACUUUCCUUGUCAGUACAUCAUGAUAUUUGUUGGUGAUAUUUUCUUCAGAAAAACUGUAGGUGUGUAUAUUUAAAGAAUUACCACUAACGAUGUUUUUUUAGCAUUCCCGUAUUGUCCGACAUUUUUACUAUAUUAGUAAUGACGUUCAUGUAACACUAUCCUGCUCGUCCUUUGAAGCUUUCGUCAAUAAAACAUUUAAAUAAUAAACAUGUCAGAUAUUUUCAUCGUCGCCCGAAGCGAAAUAUAUAUGUCAAUAGAAUCGAAAGAAGUUCGCGCGGGCGUUUCGAAAAAAAAAAUAUUUGCUCCUCUAAAUUUGUAAGCUUUUUAAAGAGAAAUGUAAUUUACCGAAAGAAAUUGUUAGCUUUUUAUGGAAACUAAGCUGUAUUAACUAAAGUGUAUUAACUUGAAUUGUAAAAUAAAGCUUGACUUA